UUAAUAGCUAAAUUAGUAAACCAAACGCGGAAAAUAAACGAAACAAACGCGGAAACAAAAUUACAAGAAGAUCAAUUAGUGAUUUUACAGUUAAAAAAAAGCAAUAAAACUCAGAAACCCUUUCACAUGUAUGUAUAAGAAGAAUCUAAAACUUUCCCACUUCCACCAAUUUGAGUUUUGAAACAUUUACGGCUCGACAGAAAAGAAGACGCCAUUAUAUUUUAACAGAGAGAAAUCAAAGAGACAAAAGCCACGAUCCGCCAUAGCUGUUUUUGAGAUCGAUCCCCACCAAAGGAGCCUAGCCUAAAUCAUGCCUUCAGGUGCUAAGAAAAGGAAAGCUGCCAAGAAAAAGCAAGAGGAAGAACAACAACAACAAGGAUCUUCUACUCUAAUCAACCUCAAAUCCAACAACCAUGGUUUUUAAUUCUUUUAACACCCCAUAAUCUCACUACUACUUUCUUCUUUUUGCCUUUUUCUUCUUGUUGUUGUCUCUCUGUAUCUCUCAAUUAUUCACUCACACCACACACGUUUAGGCCACCUUUCUUGUUUGUUUAUAUAUUUGCUUCGCUUUAAAUCUGAGUUUUUUUUUAACUUUGUUCUCUGUAUAGUUUCUUCAAGUUUUGAUUUUUAUGGUUUUGUGCUCAUUGAUCUAAACAAAUGGAUUCGAGAAGCCAAGGUGACAAGGAGAGCGAUGAUGGUGUUAAUGAACGCAUAGAGAUCACUGAUUCAAGCCAUGAUCAUGACAAGAGCUCUAGUAGCAGCAGUAGUAGUAGCAGCAGCAGCAGCAGCUCCAGCUCGGAUGAUGAGUCACGGGAAGUCAAGAAGAUAGAUGAUGAUAAGAAGACUGGUGAUGAUGUUUCUGAAGUUAUUACUGUGAGUUCUGUGCCAAUUCAACCUGUGCCUAUUGCUGCAGAUGCUCCGUUUAUGGGAUUUACUGCUAAUGCGAUUGUAGAGAAUACUGGUUUGAUGGAUUCAGCUGUGCCGAAUGAUCCCGAAUCUGGAGAACUGGUUGAGAUCUCGCAUGUUGAUACAAUAGUCUCAAACGAGGCUGAUGAUAAUUCUUUGCCUAAAGCAACUGAGAUUGCUGCUGAAGUUGCUCUUGCAUUUGAUGAGAUUAGGCAGACGUCUUCAGGUGCUACUGACUCUGAUGUGAAAGAAAAUGAGGGAAAAACUUCGCCUCUUCCAGAAUCCAACGGUGUUCCUGAAGGCAACAUAGAGUCUAAUGUUGUCAUUUCUCAUGAGGAAGAGGCUCCCAUCUUGAUACCAACACAUGGAAUUGCGAAAAGAACCUCAUGGUUUAGUUGCUGCGGCUUGUUUGAUGUGGUCACAGGAUCCAGUAGAUAAACUCAGAAACAGUGUGUUGCCUACAAAUUGGAAGCUGCAGAAGUGUUAUAGCGGCGAAGAAUUAUCGGUUUCCUCUCUCGAUCACCUGUGAAAAUUCAGUAACUUGAUGAAUGAAUGUCUCUCAAAUCACAAAUUUUCUCAAAUGAUAGAGUACUCAUCUUCUAGUAAUAUUCAGAACAGAUAUGCUUACAAUUUCUGCUCUUUAUAUAUGUCCUUACCAAGUUCUUUUUAGUUUUUCAUUCUGUCAUUCGUUUUGAUAUGUACCAUUUUCUUGUCUGUUAUUGUUUCGUUCUCUCAGCUUAUGAGACUUUGAGACUGUUUAAUAUAGAUAUUUGCUUCAUACAUGACCGGUAUUUUAAAAUUAAUAUAUCUAUAUAUGCCACAAAUUGGAUUCGUGUUAGUAACACGGUGUUACACACGGUUUCCACAUUUCUUGCAGAUACAGUUGAUGGA